CGGGGCGGUGUCAUGUGGCCGCGGCUCCGGGAAGCGCCGAGGGAGCGGGGCCGGGAAGGAAGGAAGGAGGAUGGCGAGCUGGGGUCGGGCGCUGCUGGUGCUCGCCGCGCUGCUCGUCCUGGCGCAGCUCUCCUGGGCGCCGGACCCGUAUGGAGAAGAGUGCAGGAGUAAAAUGUACCCUCCUUCUGGACCAACGUUCAAAGGGAAUGUACCCACAUAUGUCAUAAAUCUUGAUUUACCUCCCAGCAAAAGAUGGGAUAACUUGAUGCAGGACAAAAAGACAGAGCUGAAGACUGUGGUCCAGAAUAUUAAAGAUAUAGCAAAUACCUUCUUCCCCAGCGGCAAAGUUGUUGACAUAGUGGAUAACAAAAUAGCUCAUCUGACUGCCACACUUCCUUAUCCUUUCAAUGAAGAACUCCAAGGGAUUGCAAAUUCCUCUGGGAUUCCUUUGGGGGAAAUUGUUAUUUUUAACAUCUUUUAUGAAAUUUUUACUGUAUGUACAUCAAUAGUGGCGGAAGAUAACACAGGGAAACUGUACCAUGCCAGAAACUUGGAUUUUGGACUUUUUCUAGGGUGGGAUGUUAAAAAUAACUCCUGGACUUUAACUCGGGAACUGAAGCCUUUAGUGGUACUCUUGGACUUCCAGAGGAACAACAAAACAGUAUUCAAGUCUACAAAUUUUGCAGGAUACAUAGGCAUGGUGUCUGGAGUCAAACCAAACUCGUUCACACUGACAAUGAAUGAGCGUUUCAGUCUUGAUGGUGGUUAUGUGGGAAUCUUCGAAUGGUUUCUUGGUAGAAGAGACGGUAUGUGGAUGGGCUUUCUUACAAGAACAGUAUUAGAGAAUGCUACAAGUUACCAGGAUGCAAAAGACAUACUGGCCAAAACAAGACUGCUGGCUCCAGCUUACUUUAUACUGGGUGGAAAAAAUUCUGGAGAAGGAUGUGUGAUAACUCGUUCCAGGACAGCUGCUCUGGAUAUCUGGGACCUUGACAUCAAGAAAGGCACGUGGUAUGUGUUAGAAACAAACUACGAUCGCUGGAAGCCUCCACUAGUAUUGGAUAAUCGUAGAGGACCUGCAAUGAAAUGCCUGAACCACACAACACAAGAGAACCUCUCCUUACCAGCAAUUUAUGAUGUUCUCUCCACAAAGCCUGUCCUCAAUAAGCUGACUGUGUGCACAACGCUGAUGGAGGUGUAUAAUGGUCAUACAGAGACUUACCUGCGGGAAUGCCCAGAUCCCUGUAGUCCCUGGUAGUCCUGUACCUUUCCUAAGUUGGAAGCUGCUUGUCUGAAUAUUUCUGGAAAGAGAUUCGUCAGUCUAACUCCAUUCUUCAGAAAUCUAAUGGCUAUAUAGAAAUGUCAAUGAGCUUCUAACAACGAAGGACCCUUUUUCACAGCGGACUUCCUUGCUUUCUAACAGCAGUACUGCUGACAAGAAAUGUAUUCUAAAGAGUGUCUGGUGUGAUUUCAGCCAUUUCUGCCAAAUGAGUUCAGCAGUUAGCUCUAGAUCUCUUCAGUCUUGACAGUAUUCUUGUUUUGUUGUUGGUUGUGGGUUUGUUAAUUUUUGCUGUUUGGUUUGGUUUAUUUAGAUUAAAAUACUUCUAAAGCACACAAGUUAAAAUGGCACCUACCAAGCAUGAAAAAGAAUUGGGUACAAGAAGACCAUCUGGGUCAAUACAGUUCUGUUAUUCUUUUGUAAGCACUUAAGAUGAAUUGCAUCUGGUCUAAUAUGAGGAUAUGUCUGAUAUGCCCUGUUAUAAAAUAACCUAGCAAGUAUCAUGUUUAGUCACAGAAACAAGGUCUUGGGGAAAUAUCUAAAAUGAGAUCUGAGCCAAAAAUGUCUUGCCACUGAUUUAAAGCUCUUUUGCUGAAGCUCUUUCUUGGCCUGUUAACAAAUUUUUUUUUUUUAAUACAGAAUUUUCUGUUUUCAAAAAAAAUAAAUACUAAUACAAUAAAGAACUACUUUCUUUGACCAAAA